AUAAUUAAAGCAAGCCAUUUCGUAACACCAUUAAAAGAAUAAAUGUACCCUAAGCUGGAAGGAUAUUAUUACUUUCGUUUUGAUAUAGUUAAAAGAGAAGAAAGGGCUCUUCCUCACCAACGAGAUCCUAUUCCUUCCUUUUUGUAAGCCCCCACUGCUCACGAGAUCCUCUCCUCCCACCUUCCAUUCCCUAGUCCCUCUUUCCCCAACCUUCUUAACUCCAGUGUUCUUUCCUCUCUCUCUCUCUCUCUCUCUCUCUCUCUCUCUCUCUCUCUCUCUCUCUCUCUGCAAAUACGAGUUCAAAACGAAAGAAAGUGAAGCUUUGCUUCCAGUAAUUUGAUUCUGCUGAGAAUUUUAAUAUCCGAGGAAGCUGAGAUUGGGAUUGGGAAUGGAUCCAGCGGAGCCGGCGGGGAAGACAACCUUUCGGCAAAUCAAGAAGAGCAGGAAGAACUCGGAGGCGGCCGCAGCAGCGGCGGGGAGCUCGUCGGGCGGCGCUGUGCUUCUCUUCUUCCUCCUUGCCAUCCUCUUCGGCGCCUUUAUUUCAACCUUUUGCUGGAUGAACAGCGAGUCCUUUGGAAGCAUCACGGCCACUAUCACCAUGGCUCAGAAUCUCAUCAUACCCCCAACCGCCCCCCACACCCAAACCCCUCCAACCCCAAAGCCCAAAGCAAAGCCCAAAGCAAAGCCACCCGCAAUCCCCUUCACCUGCCCCGCCGGCAACGGGACCGCAACCCGCAUCUGCCCUUCGCCCCCACUCCCACCUCUCCCCGACUCCUCCCUUUCCCCCUCUCCCUCCUGCCCGGACUAUUUCCGGUGGAUCCAUGAAGACCUCCGGCCAUGGAAGUCGACCGGCAUCACCCAAGAAAUGGUCGAAAGAGCCCGAGAAACCGCCCACUUCCGGCUUGUCAUCCUCCACGGCCGUGUCUACAUGGAGCGCUACCGCCGCUCCUUCCAAACCAGGGACGUCUUCACUCUCUGGGGCAUCCUCCAGCUCCUCCGCCGCUACCCGGACCGCAUCCCCGAUCUCGAACUCAUGUUCAACACCCACGACUGGCCCGUCGUCCAGGCCGGCCGGAAUGCGUCGGCGCCGCCACCAUUGUUCCAUUACUGCGCCGAUGACUCCGCGCUCGAUAUCGUCUUCCCCGACUGGACCUUCUGGGGUUGGCCGGAGAUCAAUCUAAAGCCGUGGGAGCUGCUGAAUAGGGAGCUGAAAGAGGGGAAUGAGAGGGUGAGGUGGAUGGAUAGAGAGCCCUACGCCUACUGGAAGGGAAACCCGGCGGUCGCUGCCACCCGGAAGGAUCUUCUUAAAUGCAAUGUAUCUGAAGCUCAUGACUGGAAUGCUCGGAUCUACGCACUGAAUUGGCGCAAAGAGACUCAGAUAGGGUACAAGGAGUCGGACUUGGGCAGUCAAUGCAUUCAUAGGUACAAGAUUUAUAUUGAGGGGGCUGCUUGGUCAGUGAGUGAGAAAUAUAUUCUAGCAUGCAACUCGCUCACACUACUGGUGAAGCCCAGGUACUAUGACUUCUUUACGAGGAGUCUGAUGCCGCUGCAGCACUACUGGCCGGUGCGGAGCGAUGACAAGUGCAGGUCCAUCAAAUUUGCAGUUGAUUGGGGCAAUUCCCACAAGCAAAAGGCACAGGCUAUAGGAAAGGAGGCUAGCAACUUCAUCCAGGAGAAGCUGAAGAUGGAAUAUGUCUAUGAUUACAUGCUCCAUCUGUUAACUGAAUACUCAAAACUCUUGAGAUACAAGCCUACUAGACCUCGCAAAGCCAUUGAGUUGUGCUCCAAGUCCAUGGCUUGCCCUGCAAAGGCCCUUGAGAAGAAGUUCAUGAUGGAGUCCAUGGUGAAGUCUCCUCAUGAUUCAGCCCCCUGCAAGCUCCCUCCACCCUUCAAGCCAGUGGAGCUCAAGAUGUUAGAAAGGAGGAAAGCUGCUGCCAUAAAGCAAGUGGAGAUGUGGGAGCAAAGAGCUUAGGAGAGCUAAGAGAAUAAGCCAAUGCAAUAAAGCAUGUGUUAACCUUGUGCAUAGUCCCAUAUAGGAUGGACCAUUAAAUGUAACAUUUACAGCCGAGGAGCCCAUUUAUAUUCAGUCUACCUAUCUACGUAGAUAAGUAUGGGGUUCCUUCUAUUUUUUGUUUUAAUUUAAUUUAAUUUAUUUCUUUUUUUUGGAUCUCAAGCAUUUUGAUAGCUUCAGCUUCUUGCAAUUUGGUUCUCUAUAAAUUGGUCUAGUGGGCCUUGAGGUUUCA